UGAAGCAUCAUCCAUCUUCUCUCCUUACGCCGCCUUGCACUGCAUUCCAGCCUCCAUCUCCAACCAACCCAUGGCCGGCAUGAAAACCAUCGUUCUCCUUGCCGUGAUCUCGGCCGCCGCCUUGGGCACCGCGUCAGCGGCGACCCACCGCGUGGGCGAGCCGGGCGGCGCGUGGGACCUCACCACCGAUUACGGCAGCUGGGCGUCCUCCAGGGAGUUCCACCCGGGCGACGAGCUCAUCUUCAGGCACCAGCCAGGGGCGCACAACGUGCUCGAGGUCAGCGAGGUCGACUACGACUCCUGCAACGCCACCAGCCCCAUCACCACCUUGGGCUCCGGCUUUUUCACCUACGUCGCCCUUCCGGCCGUCGGCACCCGCUACUUCAUCUGCGGUUUCCCUGGCCACUGCACCACCACCGGCACCGGCGGCAUGAAGCUCAAGAUCGACGUCGUGCCAGGUUCCCCCUCGUCGUCGCCCGCCCCGGCCAUGCCGCCGCCCUCCUCCGCCGCGGCCUCUGCCGGGGCUACAAUAGGAUCUGGCCUUGUCGUCCUGCUGGCGGCCGGUCUCAUGGCUUGAAAUGCAUGUAUUCUUCAUUAGCUGAUGAUGCCCGGUGCAUUCAACCGAUGUAAAGACUGUAGCCUGUAGGUUUCCCCCCUUCUAAAAAAACAAAAAAAAAAGUUGAGUUGCCGCAGCAGACACAUACCAGCUUAUACUAUAUUGUUAACUGGUUAUUAUUGUUGAAUACAUACAAUUAAUUUUUUUA